CGUUUAAAUCACCAACCACACGGAUAGCCUACUCAGAACCACAUAAAAUCUGAUAAUAUACACGUACCGUCUGAAGGGUUUUUACGUUCCAAUGGCGACUGUAAAAUGGCGGAUGGGAAACAACAAGCGCAGAGACUCUGUGAUUUCUAUUGGCUUGUUAUGGUCACAUGGUAUACAUGUAACUGUAUCAUGGCAGCGCUCGCGAGGCAUGGGCUGAUGAAAGGGGACGAAAUUAAAUAUAGCUUUGGAAAUGUGAUGUGUAUAUUUACAGCUAGCAAAAAGCUUCUGGCCUCCAAAAAUAAGAAGAAAGAGGGACCUAGAGCUAGAACAAUUGAAUCGACAGGGGAAUCUCUUGCUUCACGAGGGUUCGUGCGGCCACAGAAACAGUACAUCCCAGAAGGUGACAUUAAAAAAAAAAUUGACGAUAUCUGUAAGUCAGUAUGGCAAGAUAAGAAACAAAUCUUGAAACACAGCAAUCCAAUAGCAGAUUCAGAAUUUAAGUUCAGCUUGUUGGCAAAAUGCUACCAAGAAUUCCAACACGGAGUGCCAAAUUCACUCUUGCAUACAAUAGAGUCACUUGAUGAUGUAAUAAAUUUCUAUGAAACACCUGUAGAUGUGACUAUUCCAUUUGAUACGUUGAAAAAGGUGGAGCUGCCAGAGAAUCUUCAUAUUCAGUAUGAAUAUCACAGAUUUCACCCAGAAACAGACACCAUGUUUGGCGGUGUAAGCGCAUUUCCAUUAAGUUCAACUAUAGUUACUGGGCUCAGAUAUAAGAAGAAAUACAAAGGUCACAUUGCUAAACCAAAGUGGAUGUGAUUAUUGGAUGAACUAUGACGUUUUUUUAGUAAAGAGCAUUAAAUAUUAAAACUGCAUUGUUUGUCAAACUGCCAAGUGAUGCAAUAAAUUAUUGUUUGUAAAUA